UUUAAGUCGAAAAGGACACGCUUUUAUCGCGAAAAAAAAUAUUUUUUUUUAAUUUGUUGCAAAAUGUUGGAAAAACUGAUAGUUGCGUCAAUAGUUUUGAGUGUUUGUCAAAGUGCUCAACUUCCAAGUGAUAUAACAAAAUGCAAAUUCGGCGACGGAAAAUGCAUAGCGGAGAGUGCAGCUUACACAGCGAGUAAAUACAAGAAUGGUCUUCCAAGCAUGGGAUUGUUGUCAAUCGAUCCAAUUGUCAUUCCCGAAGUCUCAAUAUUGGAAGAUAAAAAAUCGAAGCAACAAAAAGCUGUCAACAUCAACUUAUGGUUCAAGGAUUGGAACAUGUAUGGCUUCAGCCAGAUGAAAGUGAAGAAAAUCAAGGGAUUCGACAAAGAAUUUAGCGGAAAAAUCACCUACGAUGCUUUUAUACCGCAAAUUGUGUUAGUUGGGCAGUACCGGAUCAGCGGGCAAGUGUUGGUUUUGCCGAUUCAAGGAGAAGGAUUUUCCAAUUUGACGUUAGACAAUUGCAAGCUCCAUGUCGAAGCAACUGGCAAGGAAUUCGACAAAAAUGGCAUCCGUCAUGCUGCUCUAACGGGAAUUUCCCGCAUCGAUAUGAAGACAUCUCGUUUGCAUGUGCGUCUUGACAACUUAUUUAACGGCAACAAAGCUCUCGGAGACACGAUGAACCAAUUUUUGAACGAUAACUGGAAGGAAAUCUACGACGAACUCAAACCUGGGGUGUUGGAUGCUUUGGGACAAGUCGUCGUGAAUUUAGUUAAUAAUGUCUUGACAAAAGUGCCGUAUGAUGACUUGAUGAUAGAUGAUACACUCGCUCCAUAAAAAUUAAUUUUUAAGCAUUUUUUGAUAAUAUAAGAGGAAAUUUUCUGUGAAAAUACAAGAAAAAGUGUUUAAAGUUGAUUGAAAUGGAAAAAUAUGCCAAUGUCGUAUCAAGGCGUGUCAUCAAACGUUCUUCAAAGCCUCAUUUUACAUGCAAAACAAGUGCAAGUGUGUUGUUUAUCUAAUUGCAAUA